GCAUUCAGAGGGGUGAGACAAACUGCUCUGCCAAAAGAGGACAGGCGCUCAGACGAUCCAGUCUGAGUGUCAACCGAGAACUUACACUGUUGCAGUUAACCUUCACCGACAGCAGCACAUUGACACUGGGGUUAGCGGGAGAUUGGAAGACGUUACCCUGAUAAUCUGCAUCCUUCGGGGCCCACCAUCUAAAAUCAGAAUGGAAGCACGAGGUGAAAAAACACACACCUGUGGGACAAUUUGCCUUAAAUAUCUACUCUUCUUAUUUAAUGUUCUAUUCUGGCUGGCAGGAGGAGCUGUACUGGCAGUGGGAGUCUGGACUCUGGUGGAGAAGAGCGACUACAUCAGCUUACUCAACUCCAGCCUCUAUUCAGCUUCAGCUUACAUCCUGAUAGUUGCUGGAGUCAUUGUGAUAAUGACGGGAAUAAUCGGAUGCUGCGCCACUCUGAAGGAGCUAAAGAGCCUGUUGAUUGUGUAUUUGAUCCUGUUACUCUGUAUUUUCCUGCUGGAAAUAAUAGCGGGUGUGAUGGCCUACAUUAACCACCAAGAGUGUUUCCCUUUCUGCUACCAGCUGGAUGAGGAGCUCAGACAGAACCUGAAGGUGACCAUGCAGCAGAAAUACCAGCAGCCAGGGGAGGAAAGUGUCACACAGGCUGUGGACAGGCUUCAGCAAGAGUUUAAGUGCUGCGGCAGUAACAGCUCCUCAGACUGGUCAGACAGUAUCUGGAUCCAAGAUCCACAGAAUAAGCGACUUGUUCCUGAUAGCUGCUGUAAAACCCCGAGUGACCUCUGUGGACAAAGAGACCACCCGUCCAACAUCUACAAGGUGGAGGGUGGCUGCAUAAUGAAAUUAGAGGAGUUCAUCCUAAAUCAGCUGUAUAUUCUUGGUGCAGUGGGUAUUGGUAUUGCAUUUCUACAGCUUGUGGGGAUGAUGUUUACUUGCUGCCUUUAUAGAAAUUUGAAAGAAGAUCCAUACUGAUUUUGAACACUCAAAUAUUGCAAAUGUGUCACAUCAUAUGCAUUGCCAGAUUUUUGGUUAUUUUCACAUCUGCAAUUUACACACUUUUACAUCCAGUUUGUUAUCACAGUUUUAAUUACACAUACAGGACACUUGAGAUGAUUAUGCUGCUGGACAGCAGUUCCUGUUCUGCAUAUUCCCUCGCAUGCUUUCAGUUUUGUUCCUUUUACAAACAUUCAAUGGUGAUACAAUUUUAACCCAUAAAGACCCAGUGCCACUUUUGUGUCAGUUCCCAAGUGCAUUUUUCUCUCUAUUUAACCUUUAUCAACUAAUUUAUCACCAUUUGUUCUCAUAUUAUACUCUGUAUUU